ACGUCCUAGAUGUUAUUAUACAUUGUUAGUUGUUUAGACGGAAAUACGAAAACAUGUCUUCUAGUAAUACAGUAUAUGAUAUAUCAUUGUACAGCGUUUAAUAUUAUCUGAUAUUAUGUAUUGUUUAUCAAGGUUCAACAGGAUUACCCCUUAUUAUUUACGACAAAAGUAAUCAUUCUGCAUUAUUUAGUAAGAACCUAUUUUUAAGAAAUGGGAAAUUGGCAAAUGGAGGUUGGAAGAAUGAUGUCAUACAUAUUAUUUCCCAUUGGUAUUUAUUACUAUUUGAAUCAAGCAGAAAGUAUCGAAGAAUGGGUACAGAAUGAGAAGAAAAAGUUUGAGCCUAUGAGUAAAGAACAACAUGCUCAUUUAAUGAAUUUUAUCGAGGAAUGUAAUGAGAAACGACAGUUGAAACGUAUUGCAGAAAUAGAAGCGCAAUAUCAAAAAGACUAGACUAGGUUGAUCAAAUUUAACGUACACAUAUAAUUUUAAUUUAAAGCAAAUGAGUAAACAUAAAUGUAAACGUAAAUAUAAAUCCGUUUAUUAUUUCUAUUAUCUUUAAUAAUAGUAUUAUGUAAUAUUAAUAAAUUGUUAACUGAUUAUA